AUGUCGAUGACGCUCACGUUGUCCAGCGUAAACAACGUUCUCGUUGCCAGCUACUUUCCCGCACUCGAUCUUAGCGACGGCGAGUACGAGUUAGGUCUCGCGAAUUUUGAAAGUUACAACACGAUACCGAACGUUCACUCGGAAAACAAUAAAUUCUACUACGGCGACAAGAACGACGUGAUCGUUAUUCCCGAGGGAUCCUACGAGCUAAACGCCAUCGGACGUUAUCUCAGGGCCGCAUUUACGUACAAACACAAGGGACAAGAGAAUUGCGGGUACGACACCGAUACCGAUUACGAUGCGAGUACAACGAUCGUUCUUCGCGCCAACGAGAACACAAUGAAAACCGAAAUAAAGUGUCCGUAUCGGAUAGAUUUCACCUUGCCGAAUAAUAUUGGAUCUCUGUUAGGUUUUUCCGCGGGACGCAUAUUGGAACCGAAUAAAUGGCACGUAUCCAACAAACCAGCGAAUAUUAUGAACGUCAACGUUAUAUGUGUGGAAUAUCAAACUCCAGCGAACUUUGACAGUUUAUUAUAUGUGCUGACGCAUGAGAUUGGUCAUUCCUUAGGAUUGCAACACGAUCCACACACGGAUUCCAUCAUGUACGCCUACACAACACAUUAUUCUUAUUCUAUUAAACUAAGCGACGAGGAUAUUCUUAAUAUUCAAAAUCUCUACGGUAACUCGGCUACCGAAAAGUUGCCGAAUAAACCAAUAUCCCCCCCAAAACUUCCGGUACCAACACCAAAGGAUAUUCCAAACGAUCUGUGCGAAAUAAAACGCAUCAAUGCGAUAUUACUGUUGAGAAAACGAAUGUAUAUCGCGAGCGAAAAAUACGUAUGGUUGAUAAGACUGGACGAUAAAAAAUAUAAUCAACCACUAGCACUUUCUACUUAUUUGAAAUUUCUACCUCCGAAUUAUACGCGCAUUUCAGCCUCGUAUCAAACUCCGUCCGGCGAUAUAAUACUAUUCGUGGAUAAUGCUAUUUACAAAGUGAAUUAUCCGAGCUUCUCGUUGGAUACCAAUGGGCCAAGAACAUUUUCGGAAUUCGGAUUGCCCACAGAUGCGACGAUAAACGCCGCGAUAAACACAAAUCGGGGGCGCUCCUACGUGAUAUACAACGGAUACAUGAUCGGUGAGGUGGACGACUAUAACGGAAGCAUCGUUAAAUAUUAUACUAUUCAAACGAUCUUUCCGGGAAUACCGCCGAAUAUUACGUUAGCUUUCCGAUACCUCGACGGUUUGACAUACAAUCGAUCGGCAUCGCGAUACGGAUUACUGCAACAAUUGCGCGACCUCUUGCACAAAUUCACGCAAAAUACCGAAACAUUAAUGAGAAAGAGGGACAGCAAUUUAUUUUAG